CACAGACGUGUAAUCAUGUGAACAGAUAGAGCUGUUGAACAAAGUGCAGGCGCAUCAUUCGAGAUAUCUAAGUGACAUGGAGCAUCCGCUUCGCGGCCACUUGCCUAAGCUAAAGACAAGUAGAAAGAGAAGCAAAACCGGUUCCAUUGGUGGACAAAAGGCACCCUUCUAGAACAAAGAUAAGGACAAUGAAUUGUAGCAUGUACUCUAGAAAAAGGAUGCGGACACUGUCAGCAUAGCGAGAUACUUUUGACGUAGUUGAAUGAAACAGAAAGAUCAGUACCUAUGGAAGUAGAACUAGCUACAAGCCAAACACCGAGAAACUUUGGCUUUCGGCAUCUCAGAAGAAGCAAAGAUACACCCCCGAGAGAAAAUUGUAGUAUUCUCAAAAUAAAACACACGCCGCGAACCAGAAAGAAGAUGGUAAGUGUUGUUGAGAAGAACGACAAGCACAAGCAGGAGCAGGCACAACUAUCAAGAAUUUUGCGACGUCGCUAGUACUUGCCGUAGUCCGUGCUCCCGUAUUUCAGUCUCGCUACCUCCACACUGUGCAGCGGAUACGUCGGCGGGACUAGUAGUACUACACCAAAUAAACGAAAGAACAACGUGAACAAGAAGGCGCUCCACCACAACCAAAACAGAGAAGUUUCGUGUAUGAAAAGAAAAAUCUGAAGCGAAAGCGAAAGAAGAAUCGUUUCUCCUUUGUGUAAACAAAUAAACGCAUUUGUGUACCCACAGCGGCUUCUAAGACUUCAUCCCCAGCGCCAGCAGUACUACACCGAGUGGGCUUAUCACCAGGGGCGCACUUUCGCUAUUGAUGCGGUGCUAAACGUUGUUGUACGACCUGAAAUGACGAAAGUUGUCGAGGAAAACAUCGCGGAACCCCUCCUCGUUUCCGAGGCGGCCGAAGCUGCGGACAAGGUGUGACUCUUUUCCUUGUCUUGUACCUACCAUUUUUGUCGGGUGAAUCUUUCAGCAGCCAGUAACACCAGGGCAGGAGGUGCAGUGUCAUUUUCGUAUAGAGUUUGGACAUCUUCAACCAAACUGGAAGUUAGUUGUAGGCAAAUGAAAUGAAGACUAUCAAACAAGACUGUAAGCCUAGUACGCUCUCUCCACCAUGCUCAACAGGUUUGUCCCGGCGACGGAUCAGAUUCCGAAAGAAGUUCAGUGAACAAGGCUCCUUGCGGGGCGACCAGUGUGCAGCUAGAGGAACCGGAUCUCGUUACCACGAGCGCGAUGAUCAUCAAAAAGGACGAAGCGGUGGCCGCUCCGCCUUCCAGUACUGACGGCGACGCGUCUUCGACGGAAGUGCAUGUCGUUCGUCACAGCCAAAGCGAGCACGAAACCGAGGACACUGAAAGAGCCAUCACAGAGAUCCUGACCAAAGCGCCAGCGGGCACGGCAAGAAAUGAAACAAGUUCACGUUCUACCGCGUCGUGCGAUGAGCCGCGGCCAGAUGAUAACCUGGCUUCCAAGGAAGCAUCGCAGGAAGAGAGCGAGCGGGAGGCUGGUGUGGAGCAGCAUGCAAAUGCUGUGUCGGGCUCUGCCACUGACGAAAAGGAAAAGCAUCCGCAAUCUGCUAGCGCCGAUGCAACUUCUGCACUACCAUCAGCACCUGCGGAGAUGGCAAACAAGGCAAACGAAGACUCAGGCGCGACUGUGUCUGAAGUGCUGCAACAGGCAGAUGCUUCAUCUACGUUUGAUCAUGGCGCGCAACAAGAAAAAGAAGAGCAGGAAGUACAACCGACUUCUACAGAUUGUGAAACAGGUGCCGAAGAAGCAUCUUCUUCGCUAGUCAAUGAGAACCAUAAACCGCCCUCCGUGCCCACAGUUGCAGACGUACUGGCGUCACCACUUGAAUUUGUCUGGUCGGAGAACCAAAAGGCCCGGAUGAACGUCACCGGCGGAGAUACGGAGCGGACAAUCACCUGCAAAAAAAUCUCGUAUUUUUGGAUAGUUGAGUACUUAAGCGCGAAUGCAACUGAUCAUGCAAAAGCAAUGCGGCUUUAGGCUUCCUUCAGACAUCUUGUGCAUCUACUUGUGAAGUAGAUGUUAGAGAACACAAAGAAAAUUUACGGGAUGGAUUUGGUCUAUUAUCUGACAUGGUUUUUGUCUUGCCUGGGCUGUCACGACAAUUGAAUUUUCAUGCUUUGUCCAGGUAUAUCCUCCGGCACUUUCAUCACCGCACGACGCACGACAAGGACAGCUGGAUGAAGGGAACGGAGUUACUGACCCUGCUCACCGACCCGCACGACCCCCACACGUUGUCCGACCUGCUCGUUUUCCUCAAGGAGUGCAACGAGGAGAAGGCCAGGUACGAGAUCCGUGGGGAGGACAGCGUGCUGGAGGUGCGGGCCAACCGCCGGGUAGAUCCGGCUACGUGCCACGCGAAUGCUGCGGCGACCGGCGGUAAUCAACAUGGGCAACAUCAUCUUCACGCCGCACAUCAUGGUGGAAGUUACCAUGUUCACAGAGACAAUUACCAGCACCACAGUGGUAGAGGAGGACCUUCACAAAGGGAUCCAAAUCUCAAUCACAACUCAUCAUCACACCACAGUAGUACCAAGAAUCAUCACAACAGCAACAUUCACAAGCACUACCAGAACCAGGCGGUUUACACAACCGAAGAUGGACUCGCAGGGAUCGCCACGACGUCUGGGGGCGCAACGAGCAGUGGGGGUGGGGAAAGCAUCAAGACGUCGCGACCUCCGCGGACUGCUUCCUCUGUGAGAAGCAAAAGCAGUGGGGGUAGGCUUUUUUAUUGUGUUUGCUUCUUGAGUACUUGAGAAAGAGAAUGAGAUCCUGUCGCGUUUCAGAAGUUGCCUUGAUGUUUUUGUUGCAUGCAGACAAGGAGAUCUACUUCUACAUCGCAGUCUGAAUUUCCCUGAAGCUGCAAGUCUCUCCUUGACUAAGUAUAAGUAAAUCUAAAUCAGUAUCGCUCAUGGCCGACAUUAAAAGGUCGUAAGUUAACCGGCCUCGACGUCGUGUCCAGCGCCGAGACGGCUUCGGCUCAGUCACGAUCGAAAUCUCCGGCUCACCGAAAUAAGAAGAAGCAGAAGGGAACGUCCAAAGGGUCGAAGACCACGACUGGCACCAAUAAUCACAAGAGCAGCCCCGCCGAGGACCAGCUUUCGCACGCGGAUGAAGCGGGCGCGUCAGGCGAGGCUGACGUAGAGACGUCAGCGAAAGUAAAAAAGACAAAGCACGCCAAAAAGAGCGAGCGGACGCAGCAAGUGGAGAAGACAACCACAACAGGAGCUGCACCUUCUUCAGGGGAAGCAGGCACUGCAAGCAAAGGCUCGGGGAAACAGAAGAAUAAAGCGAACAAGAGUGCAAACAGCUCGAGUAAACCACGACGCGAAUCAGAAGUUGAAGUCGUCGCUGGUGCAGUAACCGCAGCACCAGAUCACGUACACGUAGACGCUUGCAGUAAAGAUGAAGAUAAUGCAGCAGUUUCAGUUAGCUCUGCAAAGAUUGAUGGAGACGAGGAAAACAUUAAAGAGAAAGGAAAAGUAGAGCAGGACGCUGCAGGAGCUCAGGAUACUGCAGCCUCCGCAGAGCGUAAUGACUCGCCGACUACAGAACCAACGCUAACGCAGAAGCAACCGGGUGCGAGCAAAAAAGCGAAGGCCAACAAGAAGAGAAAGGCUGCUAGUCAAAAAGCCUCUCCAGCUAGCGCUACCGCGGGUGACGAAGCAGAACCACUAUCGAAAAACCCAGGCACGGAAGCUGACGAAAAAGAUGAAAAAUCCAGCAAGUCCUCUACUAGUACUGGCGCAGAGCCUUCAACAACUACGCCAUCUAAGCAGGCCGCACAGCGCGCGAAAGGUAAGUCUAAGGAGAGAGAUAACACCGGAGGUGAAGGAGCAUCAGAAGCAACGAAAUGUAAGACCGCCGCUUCUACGCGCGCAACGACGGCUUCGAACUCGCGAAAGCGCAGCAAGGAGAAGGGAAAAAAGGUGAACGAGGAACUGUUUGCGCAGAAGUACGGUCUCGAUGAGCUUGCCCUGCGUAAGUUGCACGAGCUUCCGCCGGAAAAGCAGCAAGAGGCAAUGAAGAAGUUCAAUCCGGUGCGGGCCAUCGCUGUCGAGGAUUACUCGCGAGUCUUCAUGGCUUUCAUGAAAAAGUUGCGCGACCCCGAAGAAAAGCAACCGGGCCCAAAUAGCAACGCCAUGAUCCGAAUGUGGAAGCCCGGAGAAGAUUUCGUCCCGUCCGGCGUUGUUGGGGGCGAGGUGCCGCGAGCCGCCAUGGAACAAGCACCGGAGCAAGACGCGACGCCCCAGCCCUUGCAGUUUUACGAGUACAACAGGAGAUCGAUCUUUUUUGUUUGUUGAACGAUUUGAUGUCUCAUCUGUAGUUCACAUGAUGAUAGACAUAGAUUUUGCAUCCGUUGUACAGCGAGGCUCGCACUCGAAAAAGAAACUCAAGAAUCAGAUUUUGACUUGCUUAAACUGCUGAACUAAACAGGGCGGAUGCAGCAGCUGUGCCGCAGUUCGUCUUCGUAAACUACGAUCCAAGCAGUGUAGGGGCAAAGACGGGAGCAGCUACGUUGGUACAUGUGGAUGCAAACGGUAUUGCUGAGUGAUUAUCUUCUACUUGUUCUUCGGAACUCGUAUGAUUAUCUUUACAGUUGCUAUCUUUGGAGAACAACCUCAGUGCCGUUGUCGUGUCAGUCCGUUUCCUGUCGAAUAAUAAAUUCGCUUUGUCUUCACAAAAUCAAGACAACUACAGGGAACAUGAUUCCGGCGGCUUCAACGGCCACGGGCGCGGGAGCGACGCUGGCGUCAACGGCCUCUACACCGGUGGCUUACGCCUACCCCGCAGCUGCGACACCCGGGGCGACCCACCAGUACUACAUGGUCCCAACGACUCCGACAACCGCCUGCUUCGCGAUAUGGCGUUCUCAAACGUUACAUUCUCAACUGUUACAUGAAAUUUGUCAUGCAAGAACGGCAAAAGUGAAAGGGAAAAGAUUGGGCCUCUUGCAUUACAGGUUUGGAGCAGAUUAUGAUGCUAUCUAGCGCGUCGAGAAGUUGUCAUGCAGAGAAGGCUUGAUCGUGUGAAGAGCGACAGUGUUUUUGCAUGACAGAUCAUGUAACAGUUGAGAAUGUAACAUUUGAGAACGCCAUACGCGACCUCGACUCCCGUCAGUGCCAUUUACCACUCGACCACAGGGGCGGCGGCGACUGCCACUCCAGUUUCGGCCGACACUGCCACACCAGGUUCGUUUGUUUCCGACGAUGUUCACGUUUACCAUCAUCAUGUCUUUCACAGUAGUAGCCCAACGCAUGCACAACAUGCUCUCUCGUCUUUUGGUGGUGCAGCAGGGGAAAAUCUCAUGUCCAUGCCUACCGCAAUGCCAAGCGCCACGCCAAAAGCAAUGGCCGCAACUUGUGCGACGAAAGCCAGUUUCAGGAAGAACAGUAACAGUAAGGCGCUUCUUGCGCCUCUUCCGGAGAAAAACAAGAAUAAGAAACCGCUCGUAGCUGCGGUAGGGACAGCACCGUACGACGCGUUUAGUGGCGUGUUUUUUGCAACAAACCAAGGAACAGAGGCACAAGACGGCGACAAAGAAAAACGAAAGACGAUGAAAUCUACAAGUCCCUCAUCCAAUGUAAGCUCAGCUGCUGUUGCAGUUGCGCCCCCGCCCUACGGUGGUGCUUUCAAUAAUAGUGAGAACUGCGUCCGUGAUUCUGGCGUGAGCAGGUACCCGAAGCAAAGCGGCGCCACACUUUAUCCGGUCCAGACAGGGGCGCGCGAUGCUCUUCUCAUAGCUGCGACCGCUGCUGCGCAGCAAGAAAGCUCAGUCAACCCUCUCAUGGCUGGAAGUAUCAGCAGCAGCGGUAGUAGCGAAGCAUACGUUGUCGCCGGCGACUUCCAUUACAAUAACUACUACGGUGUUGAUGCCCGCGGUCAGGCACAGUGGCAGACCGCUUCUGCGAAUGAUGGAAAUAUGAACAGUGCUACACCUCCCACCUUCUACCAGCUCUUCGGAUAA